AUGGGAGUCCAGCAGCCAGCAUUCAUCUCCUUGGUCUUGGUGGGGAUGUGGGUGACCUCCUGCCACGGUGGGGAAGGCCAGAACUUUGCAGCAGUGUGGCGCAUGAGACUCACAGGUUCUGGCUGCAGAUGUUCAGGCCUGCUGGAGGUUAACCGUAUGGGCCGCUGGGAGAGAGUUUGUAGCAGUGUUUGGAACCAGAUGGUCACAGAAAUAGUCUGUGCAGAGCUGGGCUGUGGCUCCCCCUCCAGUGAGGUUCUCAAAAUAGACUCAGAACAGAAACACAUGGAAAGUAUGAAGCCGGACUGCCUGGGGAAUGGGGCUGACCUGAGGAACUGCCGCUGGGAGAAAUCCAACUGCACGCAGGUUCUGACCGUGAUUUGCAAAGAACCGGAAAAAACCACCACUGCACCACCACCACCAACUACACCAGAACCCACCGGCCCACCCAGGUUGAACCUGGUAGAUGGGAGGUUCCACUGCUCAGGGAUUGUGGAGCUCUACAUGGGAGGCCACUCAGGAACGGUCCAGUCAAGUCCAGAAAACGAGAUGGAGCUGGCUCGCUGGGUUUGCCCGAAGGUGGGCUGCGGUGAUGCCUUAGAGUGGAAAGAGUGGCCUUUCUUCAUGAAAAAUGAAAGUCAGCAUCUACCUGUCCGUUGGGAGAUGGUGGCAUCAUGUAGAAGUAACUCUAUCCCAGACUGUUUCAAGAGAACCAGGAACUCUCAGGACAAAACCCCAGCCUCUGUCAUCUGCUCCGGUUUCCAGCCAAGGAUAAUGCAAAGGCUUGGGGACAGCCAGAGCCCCUGCGAAGGGGUCAUGGAGGUGUUCCAUAAGGGGAAAUGGGAAGUUCUGUGCGAUUCCAGUCCAUGGAGGAAAUCUAGAGGGCAGCAGGUGUGCCAAGAGCUGCAGUGCGGGAACCUCUCCUCGAGCGUCCAAGUCCAAGGUGCCAAGACACGGGGAGUGUCCUGCCGCCAAGAGCACCUCCAGCAGUGUCCCACUUUCCAAAGAACAACCUGCUCCAAAACCAGAGUCACGUGCCAGAAUUUCAAGCCACGCUCAGCUGGAGUGGGAGCAGGAACCAUUGUGAGCAUCCUCCUGGCUCUGAUCCUCCUUGGAGUUCUCAUCGUUAUCUGUGGACCUCCCGCCUACAAGAAACUACAGAAGAAAUACGCCAAGAAGCAGCAGCGCCAGUGGAUAGGCCCAACUGGAUUACAGCAAAACGUUUCAUUCCACCGCAACAGCACUGUCACUCUCAGGCCCCGUCAGGAAGGUCAAGGCGCACAGGGCGAGGACAACGACUAUUCUCAGACCCCUAAGAAGAACUCCUACCUUUCGGCUUAUCCAGCUCUGGAAGGGGCGAUCAGGUCUUCCAACCCUCCAGACAACUCCUCCGACAGUGACUAUGACUUGCAUUCUGCUCGGCGACUUUAGCCUCUUUCCCCCAGACAGAGGUGGGCAUCUGGCGACUGGAAAAACUGACAGAAGAGAAGAAAAAAAAUACCUGAGACGAUCCUGCACUGGAAUCAUUUCCGUGUUACUACAUGCAGCUGUAAAGGCUUUUCCCACACUGCCAGAGACAUGAGAUGGGGGAGUCAGUGCAGCCCCAAAUUACACAUCCCUUUCCAUGCAUAGGGGCAAAGAGAAUCAGGAUGCCUGCCUUCUUUUCCCCCCAGUGACCUUUGGCAAGUCACUUAGGCCCAACAUGUCAAAAGCAUCCCUAAUUGUGCAUGUCUCUAUUUUUUGGUGUAUAGCUUCAGACCCACCGGGCCUAAUUUUCAGCAGUAUUGAGCACUCGCAGCUCCAGCUGAAGUCAAUGGGUUUGUGUGUUUCAUGCUAGGCAUCUAAAAUUUGGGGCACCCAUGAUCAGUGGAUUUAAUUUUUACAUGUUGGUCAUUAACCUCUGUAUUCUAUUCUAUUCGGGUUCUUGUAUUAUGCCCAUCACUAUGGUAUGUGAGCACCUUCCUAUGACAAAUUCAUCUAGCAUUCAUUGCUUGUGGUUUCUUCUCCAUUCCUCUCACUGGGAGGAAAUUUGUGUGUGUGUUUAAGUUGAUUUGUUGUUGUUUGUUAAGGGCAAGCAAGUGUAAGAAUUCUCAUAGACUCAUAGACUUUAAGGUCAGAAGGGACCAUUAUGAUCAUCUAGUCUGACCUCCCGCAUGAUGCAGGCCACAAAAGCUGACCCACCCACUCCUGGAAUAAUUCUUUCCCUUGACUCAGCUGUUGAAAUCCCCAGAUCGUGAUUUAAAGUCGCAGAGAAUCCUCCAGCAAGCGACCCCUGCCCCAUGCUGCGGAGGAAGGCGAAAAACCUCCAGGGCCUCUGCCAAUCUACCCUGGAGGAAAAUUCCUUCCCGACCCCAAAUAUGCCGAUCAGCAGAACCCCGAGCAUGCGGGCAAGAUUCUCCAGCCAGACCCGCAUUGACCAUUGAUACUAAUUACCAGCGAUGGCACAUUAUU